CCCGGGCCCGCGGCCCGCACGAUGGCGCACGCGGCGGCCACCGUGCCGCUGGGCGCGCUGGAGCAGGGCUGCCCCAUCCGCGUGGAGCACGACCGCCGGCGCCGCCAGUUCACCGUGCGGCUCAACGGAUGCCAUGACCGGGCCGUCCUUCUGUACGAGUAUGUAGGCAAGCGGAUCGUAGACCUGCAGCACACGGAGGUCCCUGAUGCCUACCGCGGGCGUGGCAUCGCCAAGCACCUGGCCAAGGCUGCCCUGGACUUUGUGGUGGAGGAGGACCUGAAGGCCCACCUCACCUGCUGGUACAUCCAGAAGUACGUCAAGGAGAACCCACUGCCGCAGUACUUGGAACGCCUGCAGCCAUGACCCUGGCAGGCGGGAGCGCCCCCUGCUGGCCUUCCACACGGACCCCACCCAGCUGUGUGCUCUCAGGACCCUGCUCCCCCUGGGACCAGGCUCAGAGUUAUUUUUGUAAGGACGGUCAGCUGCAGACCUAUAUCCAGGUUCCUGGGGCUGCUGGCAAAGGAUUCAGAGCGAUCCAGGGACCCAGGCAAAUUGCAGGCCAGCAGCUGUGGUCCCUACAGAGCUUCUCAGAGGCCUUCUGCCCUGGCCAAGCGGGAUCCCUGCUCCUUGAUCAGCAGAGGCCAGGGUGGGGCCCCGGGCACCACUUCCUGGGCUGUGUCUUUCCUACAAGUGAGGAGGAUGCUCUCACUGGAGCCAAGAGGAGCAACAAGAAACCCUCGUGUGCCAACUUCCAAGGGUGGUAGCGCCGAGCUUCACCUGCACCAGCGCUGCCUCUUCUUCUCAGACCUCAGUGCCCUGGCCCAGCAGUGUAGACAUGGCAGAGGGUGAUACUCCCUCACAUGGGAGAUAAAAGUAGUGGACAGAGCUCUGGCUCAACAUACACAUGAACAUACAUGAACACAUGUGCAGGAGGUGGAGACAGACUAGGGGGCAGUAAAUGUCUUCCUUUCCUUGGUACCGUCAUCUAUUACCAUCUUCUGUAUCAGCUCUGUAGGAAACCUUGGUCCCUGUCCCAGCACCCUCUGGGCCCGACAGGCAUCGUAGCAUCCCUGCAUUCUCUGGCUGUUUGUUUUUUUUUUUGGCCAUCCCUAUCUGGGUUUUCUCAGAGGGAUUGCCUUGGAACUGAGAGAGGGAGGGAGACGCACCAUCUUGCAUCACUCAAAAGGAAGAAGCAUGUCAGCCCAAGGGAUCUCUUUCCUACCAUCAGAUGUUAGAGCACCUGUGGCGAGCACAUUCUGUUCCCUGACUUGACUUCAGACCCUUCCCAUACCCACUGCCCUGGUGACAACCUGGGCAAUGCACCAAACUCACCUUGGUGCUAUGGGACC